GAGAGGGAGAGUGUAUCCGCAGCGCCACCACGACAGCAUUCAGUUCACACAGAGGGGGGAGAAGCAGCGAGGCGCCGUAAUAAACACUCUUCCAUACAAGAGGAACUCUGCAGACACGGCCAUUAUUCGUGAAGUAGAUAACAGUGGCGCCUAUAUCACAGAGCCAUUAAUCUGUGUUAUCGUGGAGCACUUCGAAAGAGACAGGUCGCGGUAGCCAGUGGGAAGAAAACCACUGGGCGCCGUUUUAACCACCCCCCGCAGUUAAAUCAAUCGCUUUAUUUCCAUAUGUCUUAUCUUUUUUGUAUCGUACGGGAAAGUGUUAAUUCAUCGCGUCGCUUGCUGAACAGAGGCUCUGAGACAUUUUUGUAAUAUUUUAAGUGCACCGCUCCUCCAGUUCGGCGGUGCGUCUGACGCGGCUGCAGACGCGGAAAACAAGUGUGAGCAGACGUCAAAUGAUCACUCUUGUUAUGGAACAGCGCUGUUUUUUCGCACUGUAACCACUCAGCCAGGACGCAGCUAUAUCAGUGUGUUGAGAGGCUCUGAUUUUGCUUACCGAUUUUUUCUUCUGCUCAUAACUCAUAAUUAGAUUGAUGGGCUCUUACUCAUUUUUGUCUAUUUUUCUGCUGUAGACGAAGAGACUAGGAAAUCAGGACUUCGUUUCAUGUCUACAAAUAUGAUGUAGAAUUAAACGUACGAGACUAUCCGAGUUGCCAUUGCCAUUAUCAUAGUCAUUUUAGGGGUACACUACCAAAAUGCCGGCUGGAAUGAAGCCUCUGGAAAAGUUUCUGAAGAAGCAGACCACUGCCCUCACUCGCGCCGGUGCUUUCGGGGAGAAGGCGACCGGCACGGGGGCUUCGAGGCGGAGAGCCAGCCUCUCCCGGGUGGUGCCGUUCUUCAGGGAGACCUCGCCGGAGAGCGGGCCGGCGCGGGAGGUGUUCAGCCCGGACGCCGAGGAGCCGCCGUGCUGGCCCCCCGCGGCCGCGGACAUCAGGAGCCCGUCUCUGUCGAGCGACGAGCAGAGCUCCGAGGCCAGUCUGGAGACGACCUGGACCCCGUUGCCCCCGGACACGCCUGACAAUGUUGCACUGACGGUCCUGGACAGCGUAGCAGGCAAGCGACAUUGUAACUGCACAGAGACGCUCCUGGAUGACUUCAUGCUGACACACCCCAUCUUCCUGCCUCCAGACAGGUUCCAGCAGAUCCUCCUUCAGCAAUUUGGGGUGGAGGGGGCGCAGGAGGAGGGCUGGCCCGGCUGGGACGGGGUGGAGCGGAAGCAGGCCGUACUGAGUGUGGCCUUCCGCUACAUGGACACCUACAGAGAGCUGCUGCAGGAGGACGGGGAGAAAGCCAACAGCUUCCCUAAGGAGCUGUACCUGUGUGCUGCCCGGGAGCUGAGCCGACACCCAGAGCUGGUGGAGGAGGUGCUGAAGCUGCAGCGCUGGACUGAGAUCCUGCAGAGCCCGACGGAGGAGGACAAGGACAGCAAGAAGAAGCAGGUCCGCCCGCUGUUCCGCCAUUUCCGCCGAAUCGACGCCUGCCUGCAGCCGCGCGAGGCCUUCCGCGGCUCGGACGAGAUCUUCUGCAGGGUGUACACCCCGGACCACUCGUACGUGACCAUCCGCAGCCGGCUGUCGUGCCGUGUGGGCGAGAUCCUGGCGCUGGUGAGGGAGAAGCUGCAGUACAGCGAGGAGCAGCCCCGGCAGCCCGGGACCCUGGUGCUGGUGGCCGUCACGUCCUCGGGGGAGAAAGCCGUGUUCCGCCCCAGCGAUGAAGCCGUCUUCACCACGCUGGGCGUCAACACCCACCUGUUCGCCUGCGAGCCGUCCGAGCUGGAGACCCUGCUGCCGUUACCUGAGGAAAUCCACUGGUCUCCUGGCGACAGCAAGCUUCACGACAUGAGCGCCGAGGAGGUGGCCAAUCAGCUGGUGACGUUCGACUGGGAGCUCUUCAGCUGCGUGCACGAGGUGGAGUUUGUGUGCUACGUGUUCCACGGGGAGCAGGCUCGCUGGCGCCCCCUCAACCUGGAGCUGGUACUGCAGCGCUGCAGCGAGGUGCAGCACUGGGUUGCCACGGAGAUCCUGCAGUGCCAGUCGCUGCCAAAGAGGGUGCAGCUUCUGCGCAAGUUCAUCAAAAUUGCGGCGCUGUGUAAGCAGCAGCAGGACCUGCUGUCUUUCCUGGCGAUCGUCCUGGGGCUGGACAACCCAGCGGUCAGCCGACUCCGCCUCACCUGGGAGGGCCUGCCAGGAAGGUUCAGAAAGCAGUUCCAGCAGUUUGAAAGCAUUGCGGACCCCUCCAGGAACCACAAGUCCUACAGGGAUCUGAUGGGCAGUCUCCGCCCUCCCUUCAUCCCCUUCACCCCACUGCUGCUGAAAGACCUGACCUUCCUCCACGAGAGCUGUAAGACCUUCCACGGGGAGCUGGUGAAUUUUGAGAAGAUGCACAAAGUUGCAGAGAUGGUUAGGAGCAUUAGGAGGUGCAGGAGCACCCAACUUGCCCUGGAUGUGGAGCCCUCCCCAUCUCACCUCCAGACCAGGGCCUACGUGCGGCAGCUCCAAGUCAUCGACAAUCAGAACCUGCUCUUCAACAUGUCCUGCAAACUGGAGCCCAAAGAUGUGUGAAAGCACAAACCGCCCCCGCUUCCCUUCACAACCCCAUCCCAAACCUAUUCUUACCCCUGUGAGGUGAACCCCCCCCCCCAAGUGAUUAGUCCCCUAUAGCAGCAAUCCUUCGCUCUCAACCCGCCCGCUGCUGACCGCUAACUCCCACCCUGGCCCGUAGCCCUUUGAAGGGCCGAGCAGUGCAUUGUGGGAGACCUCUCUGUGUGCGGUACCGGUGAGUUGCGAGUGGCGCAGGAGCAUGAGUCGGAAAGCACCUUUUCUCUGCAUUACAGUCAUGUGCGAGUGUGACCUUGAGAAGCCAGUCGCUAUGAGAAGAAGUUAAUGCUCAAGGAGCGGAUCAGGGACCCCCCCCAAGUGUGACCGGAGGAACAGCCAGCCUGCUUUUUCCCCAUCAGUAUCCAUGCGUCUGUUCUCAUCUCCGGCUUGUAAGCUAAUGUAGUUGCACUGCCGCCACCUGAAAAAGAACUGAAAAAAAAACUGACGUGAGGCUAAGCUAAGCUAAGCUGAACUGGACUGACUUGACUAAAUCUGUGAACUUGGGUUUUCUCCGUGAACCUGCCUGAACGUACUCUUGAAAACCGUGUCCUGCUGCUGCCCAACAUUACAAAGGGGACACUCUGCCUCUGACAAUCUUACCUGGUCUUAUUACUGCUGUCUCCCCUAUACCCACCUUCCCACUCAGGCACUCACCACAGACAUCCACGCAGCAGCCAUGAAAGUGGGGUUCUCAAAUCUGGACACCCCCCCCCCUCCCCCUAUUUGAGUGUCAUGUGCACUUAUUGCUUCCUGGGUCAUGACCCCCAAGGAGGGCUGCCCCACGCUGCCUGUAUUAUAUCUCUGUACAUACGUGUAAAUAGUGAAAAGAAAGGAGACCCUAUUUUAAGUAAGAGAUGAGAGAUGGUCAUAUAAAAGAGAAUAUGUCCUUUGUUUUGUAAAUUUGGAAAAAGGCUACAAGAGUUUAAUGGUUGUAUAACAGAGCCUGUCAAGGUUAAGGAAUUGUAUAGCAUAUCUCUUUUUCUUUCAGGGGAAUUCAGUUGUUUUUCUUUUUGUAAAGAAGUCCGUGUUUACAGUCACCUCUCUUGAAACUCAGAUGAAUUUAACGAGGCCAGAGACUGGGGUGCUUGCAGGUAUUACAUGUGCCCACGCCCUCCUAUCCUGGCCUCUGACACU